CAGCCAACAACUUUGUAUGAUAUAUAAACACCAUGGUCAUGGUAAGUUAUGACCCAGUGCUGACUUUGGGCUUAGUAAACAUUUGAAGGAAUCGAGACAGGAGAAAGUUUCAAAUAUCAUGCAAAUGGACCAAGACGGCCGAAAUCCACUCUGUGGUGGUACUGACUAACAAAUAUGACGAUGGCUUCAAUAAUCACCAGAGUGAGAAGGUCCUGGAUGCUGCUGUCCUUUGGAGCUUGGAUGUGUGUCCUUUUGAUCUUUGCAUCUCUGAUGGUCAAGAAAAAGCCAAAGAUGAAUUACACGUCCCUGAUGUUUAGUGAUGAUGAGACUCUAGAGGAUGAGUGCGAUUGCAAGAAAAUUUUACAAGGAGACAUUGAUGAAAUUAGACACGCUAAGAUUCUGGCAAUCACAAAGAGCUUUAAGACCACAACACAGAUCACUGAUGAACAAUAUGUCAAGCAGGCUGAAGACUGCAAAGAAUUUCUAAAGACUCGGAAGUACUUCCGUUUCCCACUGAGUGAGGAGGAAGAGGCAUUCCCAGUGGCAUACGCAAUUGUCAUUCACCACAAGGUGCAGAAUUUCGAACGACUUCUCAGAUCUGUAUACAGUCCUCAGAAUUUCUACUGCAUCCAUGUGGACAAAAAAACCAAAGAGUCCACUAGGAGGGCAGUCAGCGCCAUCGUCUCUUGCCUAGAUAACGUUUUCCUUUCAAGUCAGUCUGAACAGGUAAUCUACGCCAGUUGGAGUCGCGUCCAGGCUGAUAUCAAUUGCAUGAAGGAUCUUUACAAGGUCAGCAGUCAGUGGAAGUACUUCAUCAACUUGUGUGGACAGGACUUCCCCAUCAAAACUAACCUAGAGAUAGUGCGUGCUCUUAAGGCACUAGCUGGUUUCAACAGCCUGGAGACUUAUAUCACACCUCCUAAUAAGGUGAACAGAUGGAAAAAAAGACACCAAGUGAUAAAUGGUGGAAUCCAGGCAACCAACCAGGUGAAAACUCAGCCACCCUUUGGCAUAAAGGUAUUCUCAGGAGGUGCGUACAUAGUGGUGAGUCGUGAUUUUGUGCGUUAUGUGAUCGAGGACCCUAAAGCUCAGGUGCUGAUGUCAUGGUUUAAUGAUACAUACAGCCCGGAUGAAUUGAUUUGGGCUACAAUGCAGCGGAUCCCUGGUGUUCCUGGGUUUCUCCGUGCACACCCCAAAUUUGACGUCACAGACAUUUACAGCAUCUCUCGGCUAGUCAAAUGGGCAGCACAUGAGGGGGGAUUUGAUGCAGUGUACCCUCCCUGUCAGGGUAUUCAUGUUCGGGAUAUUUGUGUAUACGGGGUUGGGGAUCUGCAGUGGAUGGUAGAGCAACACCAUUUAUUUGCUAACAAGUUUGACACAGAUUUUGACCCAAUUGCCAUCCGAUGCUUAGAGAAGUACCUCAGACACAAAGCACUAAAAAACUUUUUUUAAUGUGUACACAUAUACUAUAUGGCCUACAGUUUGUGGACACCUAAAUAUUUCACUUUAAGGUCCUGCUCUCUUCUAGGAUGGCUUUGCAGAUGUGGCUGUCAUCCACAACCCAUAAGACUCAGAAGGCCUGAAGGGAGUUGCCAUUCCAAUUCAUCCGAAAUGUGCUCUUUAGGGUUGAGGGCACAAGAGGCAUUGUCAUGCUAGAACAGGUUUGGGUCUGUUAGUUCUGGUUAAGGAAGAAGAAGAGAACAGUUCUUGAACAGUUCUUGUCAAGCACAUUUGCAAAACCCAUCAAGCUCCAUGAUGAAACUGGCUCUCAUGAUGACCGUCCCCGGAAGCUAAGAACAAAACUCACCUCUGCUGCAGAGGAGAAGUUCAUUUAGAGUUACCAGCCUCAGAAAUCACCAAUUAACAAACCUCAGAUUAGAGCCGUUAUGGAGGCUUUACAGAGCAUAAGUAGCAGAUACAUCUCAAUAUCAACUGUUCAAAGGAGAUUACUUUAUAUUUUGGAAAGAUACCUUGGGAAAAUUUGCAAGAUGUGUACCAUUUUCUUAAAGGAAACAUGAGUGAGAAGGCAAAACGCAUUUAGUACUCAAGUUCAUAUGUCAGGUCAACUUGGCCUUGUGCUUUGGUUCAUUGUCAUGUUGGAACAUCUAAGAGCAUGCAUGCAUGGCUUUCAUGCUGUACAAUGCAAAUUGUCUGCCAGUGUUUUCUAAUAACAUGCUGCAUUCAUCUUGCCAUCGAUUUUGACUAACUUCCCUGUGCCACUGGAGUUCACACAGCUCAAAACAUAAGAGAUCCACCACCAUGCUUUACAUUUAGGAGGGUGUAUUUUUCAUGGUAGGCCUUGUUGACUCGUCUCAAAAUCAUAAAGUUCAAUUUUAGUCUCAUCACUCCAAAUGACUCUGCGCCAGAAGUAUUAAGUUGUGGGUUUUACUUGCAGUAGUGGCUAUAAUCGUUCUUGGUCUACCUGACCGUGGUUUAGUAUCAACAGAACCUCUUACUUUCCACCUCUUUGUCUGAGUUUGAUCAGUACUGACCGGCAUUUUCAUGUGUUGAGAUAUCUUUUUCUGCUUUAGAGUUAAAGUUAUGUUUAACUACAUCAUUACGGAGGUCCAUUGGUAGUUUCUUUGUUGUGCCCAUGGUGCAGUAUCCAGCGAAGUCUGUGCAUUACCUCAUGAGCUGAAAAACUCACUGACUCUUUAUGCACAGACAAUAAUUACAAUUAUAAUAAGUCACAGGUGUGGAAACUUCCCUCUAAUAGCCAUUUAAACCUGUGUCUGUGUUUAUUAUGUGGCCAAACAAUCAAAGAUAUGUGAACUUUUGAUCAGGGUUGUUUGGGUGAUUUCAGUUAUUCAUACGGCAAGUGACUACUAUUCUUAAAUCAGAAAAAAAAAUUUUUUUACAAAUAAAUGGCAAUGUUUAACAAUUUCUUUUAGAGCAUGCAAAUUUUUUAGCACAACUGUAUCUGCUUAUUGAAUAAUUGUCAAGCCCAGGAAUAAGCUGUACUCAUGACGACAUACCUCAUAAAGUUGAGCAAAAAAAAUAUGGUUUUGGAAUACUCUGAAUGCUUAGAAAAUCUGUUACUGCUCACACAUAUUUCUAAGGUGUCACCCAGGAUCUCCUCAAAGAUUCUUCAUCAUGCUGUCUCUGGGUGUCUUUCCUCGCCUCCAUCACCUCUGGCUUGCUCAUUAGGGACCAAGCAUGCGCAAAUCUCUCUAGUGUGUAUGCAAAUUACACAUUGUGUUUGUCAAACUCUCUUUCCCACACACCCAUGUGACUGAUUAUUGACCUUCCAUACUCACUAAGGUGAGAGGAUAUACUCUUACAGUGUGGCCUGCUUUCCCUAAUCUGCGUGUAAUGGGCAUUAAAAAAAAAAUUAUAAUAUCUUGAUAAAUUUGUUGCACACGUUUUGUCAUAGACUUUCUUUUUUAGAAAAUGCAAAUUAUGCAUGAAUUUUGAUAUUUAAUGAGAAGCAUAUGAAGGGCUUCAAGUCAAAAUGGGACUUUUGAUUGUGCAGAAUAACAGAACACAGUUACGGAAACAAAAACUAUGUUUAUCCCAAUGUUUUACUAGUGCUGCAAGAUAAAAAGUUUUCCCAGUAUGCUGGAGCCAUGAUCGGACUGCCUGCUUCAUGUCUUAAACGCUGGCCUCCAAGGAACUCCUUGGCUCAAACAUUUGAAAAUGGUUUGGCCGGCCGAGUUCCUUUAAUGUGAAAGCGGUGUUGGUGAUUGAUUGUAUGUACGGUUCCCACACACAGAUGCAUCCUUCUGCAAGUUGAUGACAAGUUAUCCGUCGAUUUGCAAAGAUCAGCCGUUUCGCUCGUUGAGUGUUCACAGAAAUAACUGCAGUGGGCUCAGAGCGACCUCGGCCAUGGUUGUCAUUCAUUGAUGUACGACCUUCUUUAAACUGUUUGCACCAUUCAGAUGUUUUACUGCGACUAACAGUCUCACCACUUUGAUGAGCAUGAAGUCUUCUGUAAAUAUCAAUUGGUUUUACGUUCAUUAUAAGUCCCGGUUUGACUUGAACACACCUCAUAGAACCAUGUUAAUUAAAUGACUAUUAAUAGGUGAAUAGGAAAAUUGUCAACAUUUUAUUAAUUUUUUUUUUUUUUAAAUCCUGGUAUUUCCUGCCAACAUUAUUUUUUUUACAUUAUUUUUUUUUAACUCAGUUGUCAUUUGUUAAAGAAAUAACGUUACAUUUUAUAAUUUAUAAUAUAUAUUUUUUUCUUAUACAUUUAUACAGUAAGAUGUAUUUUUCUUUGAAAUGAAGUGGCUCAGUAAAUUAUCAUUGUCAUCCGUAUAAUGUUGUUUGAUAGAUAUUGUAUUUUAUGAUAUUUAUAUAUGAAUAUAUUUAUUCUAUUUAUACAUUUUUUAUAUAAAAUAUGAUAUUAUAUGGUAGUUAUUAUAUGACAUGAGGAGAUCACUUAGAUUCACUUAAUGGAGAGAAAACACACCGUUUUUUUUAAACAGUGUUAGCGUUGCCCAUGUUGCUUCUUCUCUAGUCAUUAAACUCCAGUUUCCUGUUACAUCAUAAACUGUAUGUUUGCAUUGUCAGUCACAUAUGCAUACAAAGACGACAGCACAGCCUGACUUUUUUUUUUGUGCUAAAUGAAUAUUCCCUAUUGCAUGGGAAUUGUAUGAAAAGUUAUUAAAUAAUGUAAAAAAAAAAAAAAAAGAUUCCAACUCACCCUGCGCUGUAUCCUCUUGUGCAUUUCUCUGUAACACGGGAGCAUUUCCCGUUUCAUGCAGCUGGACUUUAAAAUCGAUCCCGGAUGGAAAAGUUGCCCGCGUUGGGUUUAAAGAAUGCAGUUGGAUGAAGAAGUGCAAGUGUCAAAGCACAGAGAGGGGUAGAGAGAGACCCACUUUUUGAUUAAUGCUCCCUAAAUUAACUGUUUACUCUGCAGACUCCCAACAUUCUCAGAUUAUGAUAAUUUUGUGACAGGCAGAGAGAUUGAUGCUUGAGAGCUUGUUUUAAUUAAUGGUUUUGUUUGUCUCUAGAGAAUGGGUUUCUCUUCCUUUGCUGUUGUUUUUUUUUUCCUUUUAACACUUUGUCUCUUGAAGAUUGACUGCUAUGUAAUGGGACCCCCGUGUGUGUUUAGAAAAGUAGAGAAAAAGUAUCUACAGUGAUUAAUUUAUGUUUGAAGGAGAAUGGUACAUGCAGAAAUGUUUGCUUUGAAGUUUUAUGCAAGGGGGGAAAAAUGCGAGUUUUAUGAGUUUUUGGGAAAUUAGGGAAAAAAUGAAAUCAGUUGCAGUUUAAUUGCUAAUUUGGUCUGUGUAUAUAGCAUAACGGUUAGGAUUUUAAAUGUUCUAGAGUUGAGUAUAUCUUAUUUUAAGCAAGUAAGUGUUAAAUAACUUUAAAGCGGUUUAAUUAAAAUGUUGUUUGUGCUCUUGCAAUGAUGGUUAAAACAUGCUAUUUAAUGCUUAUAACUUAUUUAAAUGUGUGAUAAACUUGAUUGUCAUCAUGCCAGUGUAUCCGUAUCUGUAUGA